AUGAGUGAGGCAAGUCGGUCAAAUGUCUCUGAGUUCCUCCUCCUGUGGCUCUCCAGGCAGCCCCAGCAGCAGCAGCAGCUCCUCUUCGGGCUCUUCCUGAGCAUGUACCUGGUCACAGUCCUGGGAAACCUGCUCAUCAUCCUGGCCAUCAGCACUGACUCCCACCUGCACACCCCCAUGUACUUCUUCCUCAGCAACCUGUCCUUCGUGGACAUAUGCUUCUCCUCCACCACCAUCCCCAAGAUGCUGACCAACCACAUACUUGGCAUUCAGUCCAUCUCCUUCCCUGGAUGUCUCACACAGCUGUAUUUUUUCAGUGUGUUUGGGGACAUGGACAUUUUCCUCCUGUCUGUGAUGGCCUAUGACCGCUUUGUUGCUGUAUGCCACCCCUUACACUACACAACAAAGAUGACCCCUCAGCUCUGUACCCUGCUAGUCAGUGGGUCUUGGGGAAUUUGCAUUCUGAAUGCUCUGUUGCAUACUCUGCUGACAGCUCGACUCUCUUUCUGUGCAGACAACAUGAUCCCUCAGUUCUUCUGUGAUAUAGCUGCUCUCAUGGACCUCUCCUGCUCUGACACACACCUCAAUCAGAUGGUGAUUCUUACUGAGGGGGCCAUUAUAGUGAUCACCCUAUUUGUUUGCAUUCUAGUUUCCUACAUUUGUAUCACAUGGGCUGUCCUGAGAGUCUCUUCCACAAAGGGGAAAUGGAAAGCCUUCUCCACCUGUGGCUCCCACCUGGCUGUGGUUUCCCUCUUCUAUGGCACCAUCAUUGCUCUGUAUUUCAACCCUUCAUCCUCCCACUCAGAUGAAGAAAACACUGCAGCUACUGUGAUGUACACAGUGGUGACCCCCAUGCUGAACCCUUUCAUCUACAGCCUCAGGAACAAGGACUUGAAAGGAGCGCUAAGAAAGGUGAUCAGCAGAAAAAGGCUUGCUCUUUUAGUAUAG